AGCGAAAAGCAAACAGUACGGAAAGAUAAUUUCAAACACCUAGUUUUCAUAUUUUUGUGUUAAAGUAAUAACAUAUUUUGGUAUACAUUAUCAUUUUUUGUUUUUGUUUUUGCUUUUUCUGACCUGGUGUGUUACUGCCCUGGGUUGGCCCUCUAAGAAGCUGGCCACCUACUUCGGGCCUCGGGUGUCAGUCGCCCCCCGACUCCCCAAAAUCACCCAGCUUGGAGGUCUACAGCUUCCAGCUCUGCAAGCGCCUGCGCCUGCGCACUCUCAGCCAGACGGGAGCUCCCAGAAGUCUCCGGGCGCCGGUGGGAGGACUUGUGGACUGCGCUGCGCAUGUUCGGCGGUGUGACGGCUCCGGACUACAUUUCCCACAGGCUACUGCGAUCCGGCCAAUGUAGCCUGAAACUACAUUUCUCAGCUGCUCGUGGAACGACCUCACUCUACCUCUUCGCCAGUUCAUUGUGGUCGUUGACCUGGCAGCGACCUUUGGAGUUCUGCGAGGUAGAAGUCAGCGCCCGGCUCAGAGAGUUUGAACUUCUCAGAUAGAGGAACCCCAGUGAAGACUGAUCAGUUCUUACAGUUCUCAAAGCAUGGCCCACUUUCAGGGAUCAGUGACAUUUGAGGAUGUGGCCAUAGCCUUCUCCCAGCAGGAGUGGGAGAGUCUGGACUCUUCCCAGAGGGGCUUGUACAGCGAUGUGAUGUUGGAGAACUACAGGAACUUGGUAUCAAUGGGACAUUCCCUUUCUAAACCACAUGUGAUCGCCUUAUUGGAACAAUGGAAAGAGCGUGAGGUGACAGUGAGGAAAGAUGGAAGAAGGUGGUGCACAGAUUUGCAGUUGGAAGAUGAUACAAUUGGCCGUAAAGAAAUGCUCCCCUCUGAAAACUGUCCAUCUUUUGCCCCACAUCAGAAAAUUAGUAGACAGAAACCACAUGAAUGUCGGGAAUAUGGAAAGACUCUUUGGCAAGACUCAAAGCCUGUUCAACAUGAAAGAAUACAUAGUAAUGAAAAACCCAACAGAUGUAAAGAAUGUGGGAAGAAUUUUAGUAAUGGACAUCAACUCACCAUACAUCAGAGAUUGCAUGUUGAUGAGAAACCCUACAAAUGUGAGAAAUGUGGGAAGGCCUUUAUCAGAGGUUCAGCCUUUGUUAAGCAUAGGAGAAUUCACACUGAUGAGAAGUCACUCAAAUGUAAGCGAUGUGAAAAGACUUUUAGCGGUAACUAUCAACUUACAGUACAUGCGAGUAUUCAUACUGGGAAGAAACCAUAUGAGUGUGGGGAAUGUGGGAAAGCUUUUCUAGCAUAUGGAAAGCUUACCCGGCAUCAGAGUAUUCACACUGGUGAAAAACCCUUUGUGUGUGAGGAGUGUGGGAAGGCCUUCAGUACCUUUUCAUACCUGAUUCAACAUCAGUGAAUUCAUACUGGUGAAAAACCCUAUGAAUGCAAAGAAUGUGGGAAGGCCUUUAGUACUAGCUCACCCCUUGCUAAGCAUCAGAGAAUUCAUACUGGCGAGAAACCCUAUGAAUGUAAGGAGUGUGGGAAGGCUUUCACUGUGUAUGGACAGCUUACUCGACAUCAGAGUAUUCAUACUGGUGAGAAGCCUUUUGAAUGUAAGGAAUGUGGAAAGGCCUUUAGACUUAGUUCCUUCCUUCAUGCACAUCAGCGAAUUCACGCAGGGAUAAAGCCCUACAGAUGCAAGGAAUGUGGGAAGACCUUCAGUCGUGCCUCGUAUCUUGUUCAACAUGGAAGACUUCACACUGGUGAGAGGCCCUAUGAAUGUAAGGAGUGUGGCAAGGCCUUUAGUACUGGCUCAUACCUUGUUCAGCAUCAGAGGAUUCAUACUGGGGAGAAACCCUAUGAAUGUAAGGAAUGUGGCAAAGCCUUUAUUAGUCGCCAUCAGCUUACUGUACAUCAAAGGGUUCAUACUGGAGAGAAACCCUAUGAGUGUAAGGAAUGUGGCAAGGCCUUCAGAGUGCACGUACAUCUCACACAGCAUCGGAAAAUUCAUACUGAUGUAAAGCCCUACGAAUGUAAGGAAUGUGGAAAGACUUUUAGUCGAGCUUCGUACCUUGUACAACAUGGCAGAAUCCAUACUGGUAAGAAGCCCUAUGAGUGUAAGGAGUGUGGCAAGGCCUUCAGUUCUGGCUCAUACCUUGUUCAGCAUCAAAGAAUUCAUACUGGGGAGAAACCCUAUGAAUGUAACAAAUGUGGGAAAGCCUUUACCGUUUAUGGACAACUUAUUGGACAUCAGAGUGUUCACACUGGUGAGAAACCUUUUGAAUGUAAGGAAUGUGGGAAGGCCUUUAGACUUAAUUCAUUCCUUACCGAACAUCAGCGAGUACACACUGGUGAGAAACCCUUUAAAUGUAAAAUAUGUGGGAAGACCUUUAGAUACAGUUCAGCCCUUAAAGUGCAUCUGAGAAAGCAUACGGGUGUUAUACCCUAAGAGUUUGAGGAAUGUGGGAAGUGCUUCGUGUAUGGCUCAAACAUUGUUGAACAUCAGGGAAUUUAUGCUGGUAGGAAACUUUCAAAUGUGAAGAAUAUUGGCAGGCGUAUUCUCAUCUUAUAAUUCAUAAUAUAAUUCAGAAAACA